AUGACAGAUCACACCCCGCCCGUCACCGGCUAUCCUGCGCCCCCUCCUCCCAACGGUUACGCCCACCCUUAUCCUGCACCCAACGGUCACCCCCACCCUUAUCAACCAAAUCACUACUUCAACGUCGCCGGACCCCCACCCUACCCCAACCACCAACGCGCCACCUUCCUCCGCCGCAUCUUCACCGUCUUCAUCGGAACAAUCAUCAUCAUCGGCACAAUCUUCUUCAUCAUAUGGCUCGUUCUCCGUCCACAACUCCCACAAUUCCGAGUCCAAACCCUAACCCUAACUAACUUCACCGUAUCUUCUAACUCCAUGAUCUCCGGCACCUGGACCGCCGGAUUAACCGUCCGUAACCCUAACACCAAAAUCACUCUCCACUAUUUCGAUAUCCAAGCUGCCGUGUUCUACAAGUCAAGCUCGAUUGCGGUGACUAACUUGUCCCCGUUGGUGCAGGGGAAGAAGAAUGAGACGAGUGUUAGAGCGACUCUCGUUGCAGUUUCGGAUUAUUUUGAUGGUUGGAAGGGGAUUGAUAGGGAUAGGGGGAGGGGGAUGGUGGAGUUUAAUUUGAGGAUGGUGGGUAGGGUUGGGUUUAAGGCGAGUGGGUGGUGGACGAGGCGGAGGGUUUUGAGGGUUUAUUGUCCGGGUUUAGGGGUUAGGGUUGAGGCGAAUGGGACGGGUGGGUUGUUGAGUGGUGGAGGGAAGGCGUGUGGGGUUGGUGUGUGA